AUGGCGUCUUGGUACUCAAACCUCGUCCAGAAGACAUCUUCUCAAAUCUCCUCCCUCCGCCAGAAUCUUCUCUCCAGCGAACAAGACGGCGACUCCGAAGACGACACUCACGUCUGCCGCGUUCUUCGUGGCUACUACACAGAAAAAGGGCGCCCAUUCCCCCCAUGGCUGCCCGUGGAUCCCAAGGCACCAGCCCAACAACCCAUACAGCCCGUCAUGACACCACAAGCCGGCCAGCGCCCCGGCGCUCCAGGUCAGCAACACGGCGGUCUGAGUAGUCUAUGGGACAACGGACCCCAACAGCCACAACAACAAGCGCCUCAGAGCCUUCGGGCUGGAGGUGGACGAACUCCCGCAUCGCUGCAACCUGGAGGCGGCGGUGGUGAUAUUAAUAGGCGACCACUGCCAAGUCAGCAGCGCGCGGGUAGCUACCAGAGCACGAGCGGUCAAUUCGGUAGGCCCGAAACGGCCAGCGUGCCACCUGGUGGUGCUUCGGGAGGCGGAGGCGGAGGAUCUGCGCAAGAUAGAUUACGACAGAGGCUUUGGGGAGGAGGAUCUAGAACAACGAGUCCUCAGGCUGGAAGUCAAGGACCUUUCAACCCUCCCGGUGGAAAUAAUGGAGGUGGUGGCGGUGGUGGCGGCGGCGGUGGUGGCGGCGGCGGCGGUUAUGAAGACCGAUUUGCGCCAGGUGGAAUGUAUGAUCAAGCAGGUGGCGGCGGUAACGCUGGGUUGAGGAGAGGAGGCUUGCCCAGCGGACCGAGGGGAUACAGAUAA